AUGACAGGAAUGGAGGCUACAGAGUUGAUGAGCCAUCAAUCCUUCUCUAUUAAAAAGAUGUACCAUAGAAUGAGAGGGGAGUUCCCAAAGGUUCCAUGGAAGAGACUAACUUGCAACAACUAUGCUGUUCCUAGGUGGAGUUUUAUAAUAAAUUUGGCGAUCCAAGGGAAGUUGCACACGAAAGAUAAGGUAGCAGGAUGGGGCAAAGCAAUAGACCAAAAAUGUAAGUUGUGUAAUGAGGAAAAUGAAACCAUUCCACACUUAUUUUUUGAAUGUGGGAUGUCAAAAGAAAUCUUGGGGAGACUACUGAAAUGGCAGGGAUUCCAAAGGUCGGUAUUGAAGUGGGAUGAAGAGAUUGAAUGGACAGUCCAAGAAAUAAAUGGAAAGAAAGUCAUUGCGGAGGUCUACAAAAUGACUCUCGCAGGGUAUGUCUACUAUAUAUGGCUUGAGAGGAAUACAACAUUGUUCCAGGACAAGAAGAAGACUGUUGAUGGGAUCUUUCGGGUGAUAGUACAAGACGUAUUUUAUCGAGGAAACAAGAAGUCAAAAGUAGCUAAUAAAUUAAAAGAAUUGGAUUCAUAUCCACAGGCAGUGAAGGUAGAAGAUAGAUAG